AUGGAGAAGGCUGAGAAGGAGGUAAUCCUGGUUCCAAAAGAGUGGAUGGGCUUUCUUCAAGCAUUGCUCCAAGCCCCGGCCCACUACAGAUGGGCCAAACAGCUAUUGGAGUCUGGCUUCCCUCAACUUUUGCAGAGGGGAGGUGAUGGGGAUUGCCAUCUCUGUUUGGGUUCUCAUUCUUCAGAUUCUGAGGCCUGCAGUCGCCUGCUAUCUGAACCAUACUUUGUCAAAGAGAUUGAGGAGGCUUUACCUAAUGAGGAUAUAGAGGAAGUGUUGUCCAGCAAGAAGAGAGGAAGGAAAGGAAAGGCAGUUACACCUAUGGUGGACUCGGCUGCCAGGAGGAGUAGCAGAGUCAAAGCAAAUUCGAAUGGCUUCAAGUUGAGUACCUGUAGGGUGAAGAAUUGUCUGGGGUGCUCCAAUGGCCCCCCCAACUUUGCCCCCUCUUUCUCUACAGAAGAUUGGAGCCUCUAUGUGCCAGCUUCAGGAAGACCAACUGGAGGAGCAGUCUCUUUUGAACAAGAGUAG